GACAUGAACGAGCACAGCUCCCGCAGCCACAGCAUCUUCCUCAUCAACAUCAAGCAGGAGAACGUGGAGACGGAGCAGAAGCUCAGCGGGAAGCUCUACCUGGUCGACCUGGCCGGGAGCGAGAAGGUCAGCAAGACGGGGGCCGAGGGGGCCGUGCUGGACGAGGCCAAGAACAUCAACAAGUCGCUGUCGGCCCUGGGCAACGUCAUCUCGGCGCUGGCCGAGGGCACGAAAGCCUACGUGCCCUACCGGGACAGCAAGAUGACGCGGAUCCUGCAGGACUCGCUGGGGGGGAACUGCCGCACGACCAUGUUCAUCUGCUGCUCCCCGUCCAGCUACAACGACGCCGAGACCAAGUCCACGCUCAUGUUCGGGCAGCGGGCCAAGACCAUCAAGAACACGGCGUCCGUGAACCUGGAGCUGACGGCCGAGCAGUGGAAGAAGAAGUACGAGAAGGAGAAGGAGAAGAACAAGGCGCUCAAGGAGACCAUCGCCAAGCUGGAGGCCGAGCUCUGCCGCUGGUCCGCAGGGGAGGACGUGCCCGAGACGGAGCAGCUGAGCGGGGCCGAGGCCGAGGCCGACGCCGGCUCCGGAGAGGGGCCGGGCUCGGGGCCGGAGCCCGCGGGGGAGACCCCCCUCAACGACAACAGCUCCUCCAUCGUCAUCCACAUCUCGGACGAGGAGCGCCGCAAGUACGAGGAGGAGAUCCGCAAGCUCUACAAGCAGCUCGAUGACAAGGACGACGAGAUCAACCAGCAGAGCCAGAUCAUGGAGAAGCUCAAGCAGCAGAUGCUGGACCAGGAGGAGGUGAAUGCCCAGAGCCCCCCUGGGUGCUGGGGGCUCCCUGGGGGCUCCCUGGGGGCGCCGGGUGCUGAGCGGUGCCCGCAGGCCACGACGCUGUCGCUGGAGACGGAGCUGCAGCGCGUGCGCGACGUGAGCGGGCAGCAGCGCAAGCGCGCGGCCGAGGUGCUCAACGGGCUCAUGAAGGACCUCAGCGAGUUCAGCGUCAUCGUGGGCAACGGCGAGAUCAAACUGCCGGUGGAGGUGAGCGGGGCCAUCGAGGAGGAGUUCACCGUGGCCCGGCUCUACAUCAGCAAGAUCAAGUCGGAGGUGAAGUCGGUGGUGAAGCGGUGCCGGCAGCUGGAGAACCUGCAGGUCGAGUGUCACCGCAAGAUGGAGGUGACGGGCCGGGAGCUCUCAUCCUGCCAGCUCCUCAUCUCCCAGCACGAGGCCAAGAUCCGCUCGCUCACCGAGUACAUGCAGAACGUGGAGCUCAAGAAGAGGCACCUGGAGGAGGCCCACGACGCGCUGAGCGAGGAGCUGGCCCGGCUGCAGGCGCAGGCUGCGGUGGAGCUGGAGAAGCUGCGCGCGGAGCACGAGGCGCUGCGGGACGAGGAGCGCGCCAAGACGGCGCGGCUGCAGGAGCUCAC